GGUAGGACCUUUGAUGGAAGAAGUAGAGGGAAGCGGAACCACGUUAGCAACAAUGGAGGAAGCUGCAAAGCUUAUUCCAUUAGAUCAGUAUGUAACACUGGGAUAUCCGGGGCUUGGGAUGAUUGGUACGAUUAGACCCGCGCCUGAACAACGAGAAGUAGCGAAGUGGCGACCUUCUCCAGGAGAGAUGGAGUCGGGAGGACCCACUUUCGUCGCGGGGGAAAUCGAUGUUCUAAACAUCGUACAAACAUUAGAUCACCGAAUCUCCCCUCCAAUCGAUCAUCUGCUUUCGAUAUCAGAACAGGCCAACGAACGAAUGUUGCAACACUGCAAAGCAAAUCGGAAACGGUUUGCUCUUACCUGGGCAGCGAACACAAAAACGAAAGGACCAACACCAGACGAAAAUGCUGCAUGUACUUCUGAUCCCAUACGCAUAGAACUAAUCCAAAAAGAUGAUCACUUCCUACGGAUUAAACCCAUCCCAUGGAAAUCCGCGGAAUGUGACAUCGAGGUAUGGGGAAUUCCAUAUAAUGCUAUCAUCGAUUCGGAAGCCGCUGUGUUAGCUAUCUCCUUGCGGGUAGUGGAGAGAGCAGGAAGAAAGAACGAUCUGAUCAUGCUUAUAGAAAAGGAUCAGCUCGUCUCUGUAGAUGAAGAGAAGAUCAAAACGGUGGGACGAAUGACUAACGUUGCCUUUCGAUUAGGGAAGGUACAUGCGUUGGGAGACGUCGUAGUUCUAGAUGUCAAUACUUACGACGUACUUUUUGGCCUUCCCGCCCUGGUAGCACUGCGCGCCAAUCUGGACUUUGAAAGACGAUCAAUUGUCCUCCAAAAUACGGGAGGAAAACCCUAUGUUGUGCCGAUGAGACUGACUCUUCGUACUACCUUUAACAUAGCCCCGCAAGUUUUCCCCGCGAUGAUAAUGACUCUUCGCGUGAUUACCUGGGACAACGGGCAGACAUCCAAAGACACGGACAACAGUGAUGAUGACGAUCCAGUAAUCCUGGAGAUAGCGCAACAACGUAUUCACUAUCCCGUGCAAUGGACAAAUGUAGAAGUCUUGAGCCGGACUAACCUAGAUCUACAGAGAACGCAGACAAUGAUUAUGGGAGAACCUCUCGUACAGAUUUCGAGGAUGGUCGAUUCUUUGGAACCCCCUCGAACCCUAUACGAAGGAAUCUCGCCUCUACUCGCACGAUAUGAGGACAAAAAACAUUACUGUGAUAUCACGAAUCUCCCGAGAUCCCUUUUGACACCUGCAAAAGAGAUUCGAUUGUUACGCUUAGGGGCAAAGACCAACUCUUUGAAACCCCCUGAGCGCCUCGAAAACGGACUCGGGAUCAAGAUCGCAACGAAACCUGUGUCGUGGCAAGACAUUCGAGAUGGAGUAACACCGAAGGAAUCCGUGGCCAUUCGAGAACAAGAUGCACAGAUGAUGGCCACGGUGUUUUUCUGGCGAUCGGAUAACUCAUUCAUCUCCGCGCCCCCGCCAGAGAACACCAAGCGGGUGAAUACAAAACACAUCGAUGUAAGGAUAUGGGAUGAGCUGUAUGAGUUGCACGUACCCCGAUACGUACCUGAGGGGAUCCACCACCUAAUUGCAGACAUUCUAAAGGAAUACAAAGGAGUGAUUAGUGUGACGGACACAGACAUUAAACUGUCGUUAGUUAUACAGCAUGAGAUCCAGACAGGAAACCAUUCCCCAAUUCACUGCAAACCUUACAGAUACUCACUGGUAGAACGGAAAAAGGCUCUCGAGCUGAAUCGAGAAUUUGAAGCAAGCGGUUGGAUCGAACCCGCCACCGGACCAUGGUCGUUUCCGGUAGUAUUGGGACCGAAAAAGAACGGAUCGAUUCACAUAUGCAUUGAUUAUCACAAACUGAAUGACAUCACGAUCAAAGAUGUGUAUCCCCUCCCCCGGAUUGAUGAUUUGCUGGAUGCGAUUGGGUGUGCUAAUUACUUCAGUAAGUUUGAUAUUCGACAUGGCUUCCAUCACAUUCUGGUCAAGGAGGAAGAUCGACCGAAGACGGCCUUCGUACUGUUUGAAGGCACGUGGCAAUGGGUUYGRUGCCCGAUGGGKAUUUGCAACGCGCCYSCCACGUUUCAGYGGRYGAUGAAYGUGACGUUUCAKAACUUCGUCAACAAGACGCGGCUCACUCAGGGGAUGAUUAACUUUUGCGUCAUUGUGUACAUGGACGACAUCCUCGUCUACUCGGAGACCUAUCACGGGCAUACACAGCACAUCGAGUGGACGUUAGGAGCUCUGAGAGAUGCUGGGUUCAAAAUCGCGCUCGAAAAAAACGAGUUUUUCCUUUCGAAAAUUUCGUUCUUGGGUUACAUGGUGACACGUGGAGGACUGCGGCUAAGUGGCAAUGUAGAAAGCUCUGCGUGUCGAUCAAUUAGAGAAAUCGACACGUGUCAUGAUUCAAGCAAGCAGGAGCUUGCUUAAGAUUGGAACCUCCUGGGCGUCACAUAUGUGACGAACCGA